AUGACUCCAUCUAAUGAUUCUAUUCAAUUAAAAUUAUUAGAAGUUAGGGAACAAAUCCAAAAACAUCUGAAUUCCUCUGUGUUAGAAACUAGUCCAUUUAAUCCAUUAAUAUCUCCUGGUCCCGCAUCCAUUACACUUUUACAAUGUGAUAUUCCUUCAAAUAAUAGCAUCAGUAAUAAUCAGCAUUUUAAAAUAAAAGAAUACACUCAUAUCAACUCCAAUUCCUAUCUACAAAAGAGAAGAGUCUCACAUUCAAAUUCAAUAACUGGGUCUAACUCUUUCUGUUCUACUUCUUCUAAUAUAUCAAAUUCUCUUAAUGGAAAUGCAAAUUCAACCACAUUAUCAUCUGAUGUAUCAGAAAGUAUAAAACAUAAUACUGCUAAUAAUAAUUAUUAUAACAAUAUUACUAACACUAGCAACACCAAUAGUAAUAAUAAUAAUAACGAUUCAAGGAAGGGUUUGGUAGCUGCUGCUGCUUUAACUGUUGCUGUCACCAAUCCAUUUCCUAGUAAGAAAAAACGACAUGUUGCAUCAAAGGUGGAUUCAAAGAAUCAUAUAACCCUGAAUAACAAUAAAACUCCUAAGUCAUAUAUCCUUCCAAAACAGACAAAUAUUCUGACAUGUAAAUGUGGCGUAAAUGGAAAUCUUAUCGAUAUUAAUGAUAAUAAAAAAAUUCUAAUACAAUGUCAUCAUUGUAAUAGAUGGCAACAUAUGAGAUGUUAUGGAUUGAUAAAUAAAUUAGAGAUUUUACCUAUCAAGUUUUAUUGUAAUGUGUGUCAACCUGGCCUGAAAAUAAAAGAUUACAAAGUUUCCAAAAAAAUUAUUGAUAAAAAGAAAAAAUCUAAAAAUAAUAAUAUUAAUAUAAAUAUUAGCAAUAACAACUGUACUAACAAUAACAGGAGUAAUAGUAAUAGCAAUAGUAAUACGUUUAAUGUUAAUACCAAUGGUGGACUUGUAUCUAAUGAAUCAAACUUUAAAAAUACAGCAUCGCAAACGGAAUUGGAUGUUGCAACACAACUUACCAAGAUACGGGAUAGCUUUCCAUAUUCAUGUCAAAGAGAACCACCUAACCCACAUCAAAAGAACACCGUAAAAAAAUCGUCACCAUUGUUACAAAGCAUUGAAAAAUUUAAUACCAAAUCAAACUCAAUUGAGAGUCUAUUAUCUAAUGGAUCUUCUGGAACCAAAAAAGAUAAUUUGCAAUCAUCUUCUAUUCCAGUGCUAAAGUCUAUUUAUAAGGAUAAAUAUGUACAAGGGUUCGUUUAUGGUCAUAACAAUGAUGAUUGGGUCAUUCAAAUGAAUAAGCAGUUAAAUUUACCAUUUGAAAAAGAUAUCAUAUACUCCAAUUCUAUUCAAAAUUCGCAGGAUAUGGGCUCUAUACAGACAAUGAAAGGUGUCUUUGCUAAAAAAGAUAUAAAUAAGAGUGAUAUGAUUACUGAACUUAUUGGUGAGAUUGAUUUCCAGAGAAAUUACAUCGUAGAUCCAGUUAACCAAUACCGUAUUUUGGGGACCACACAACCAAAAGUGUUCUUCCAUCCACAUUGGCCAAUAUAUAUAGAUACAAGAAAUUCUAAAGCACUUUAUAAGGGUAACAAUUCCGCAAUAAUGAUAAAUGAAUUGAGAAGAUCAUGUCAACCUAAUGUGGAAUUAAAGACCAUUAGAACUCCACCAAGUUCUAAGGAUGACUCUGGUAUACACUUUGUUGUUGUUGCAACAAGGGACAUUAAGAAAGAUGAAGAGUUGUUAAUUAAAUGGCAAUGGGAUUUGAGACAUCCUGUUUGUCAAAUUAUAGAUGGUAAUCAAAUGUUUGAUAACCUAAGUGAUAUGGAUAAAUAUUGGUUGAUUCACUGCAUUGAUACUAUUUGGCAAUCGUCACCUUGUGCCUGUCAUUUCAAGAAAUAUGGAAAUACAUGUUUAUUGCUCAAGAUUAAGAAGUACGCAGAAGAAUUUCAUCAGAUUUUAAAAGCACAAACGAAUAAACAGACCAUUAACAAGCUGCAUACAUGA